UGGGCACAGGAUGAGGGCAUCUGGAGUGGAAGCACAGCAGCAAGGAGCACUGAGCAUCAUUCAUUUUAUUCUUUAUUUGAUUUUUCAUCAACUAAAUAUUGGAGCUGGAGGUUGGUUACUAAGAUGUUGCUGAAGAUGUGGGCUGGAAGCAUUGCAGCUUGGUUUGUGCCAGAAGAGAGACGUGACUGCACUUCUAUAUCACUUUGUGUAUCCAACCGAGAGACAUAAGCCAUCAAUUCAGAAAUGGUUUAUUUGUGUUAAAUCAGCGAGCACUGAGAUAGGAUCAUUCCUUCACGUUUGCUGAUUGAUUUUCCAGAUUGUUUUGCGUGCUCAGAAGAACGACCCCAUGCACCUGGUGCUCACGCUGCUGGGCUUCUCCACCCUCCUGGGUAAGUCAGCAUCCUGCUGCCCCUAUGCGUUCAUCCCUUGAGCAGCCCCAGAUUAACGUGCCUCCCUAUCUCCCCUUCCCAAAUCUCGAUUGUUAUCAAAUUGUGUUGGGACAUAAGGUGCUCACUUCUCCUGCAAGUCUUGCUGAAGAAGAGGUUAGCUCUGAGGGGUGGGUGGGUGCAGGACACAAGGCGCAGGGUGCAAGUUGCAAAGUGCAGGAUGCAGAGUGCAGGAUGCUUACGUCUUUUCAUACAACAUUUUCAGGUAUGUGCCAGGCCCGCACAGAUUGCUAUGGCAAUGUAAACAGAAUCGAUACCACGGGUGCUUCAUGCAACACUGCAAAACCAGAGGGCUUAAACUACUGUGGAGUUCAAGCUUCAAGAAAGAUUGCUGAACGGGACCUAGGAAAUAUGAAUAGAUACAAAAUACUCAUUAAGAGAGUUGGUGAAGCAUUAUGUAUUGAGCCUGCUGUGAUUGCUGGCAUCAUCUCUCGGGAAUCUCACGCUGGCACAAUACUGAAGAAUGGCUGGGGUGACAAUGGAAAUGGAUUUGGUUUAAUGCAGGUUGACAAAAGACACCAUAACAUUGAGGGAACGUGGAAUGGAGAAACCCAUAUCAGUCAGGGCACAAGAAUACUUAUUGACAUGAUAAAGAAAAUACAGAGAAAAUUCCCACGUUGGACAAGGGAUCAACAGCUAAAAGGUGGCAUUUCUGCCUACAAUGUUGGCCCUGGAAAUGUCCGAAGCUAUGAGAGAAUGGACAUUGGCACUCUCCAUGAUGACUACGGCAAUGAUGUGGUUGCUCGAGCCCAGUAUUUCAAGCAGCAUGGAUACUAGGUUGAGGCAACCAUACCAAGUGAUUUACCUACCAUCACCUGAACAGCCACCAAAACACAAGAGAAGCUACAUACUGCAAAUCCAUACAGAUGCACAUGUUACAGGAACAAAAAAAACGCAGGCUAAAACUCACAUCUUUAAAAACAAUAUUCAGUAGGACCCUGGUCAUGUGGUUUUUCUUUAAAAGCAACAGGCAUUUUUCAAAGAUGCCUGAUACUUACUUAAUAUAAUUAUGUGGUCACUUUUUCUGAAUUCCAACUUUUCAUAAAGAUACAUAGACCACAGUUGGAUUUUUCUGUCACUUCUCAGUCAUACAGAAAUAAGCAAACAGAAAAAUAAUAAACAUGUUAUUAGCAAAAGAAACCAGACUCCAAGAUAUUUGUAUUUUCAUCUGUGAUAGCAAAGUUUGGAUAAGUAAUGUUAAUAUUAGCAGAUAAUGAAGCUGAGAAGAGAAUGGGAAAACGACCUGCUGGCAUUAGUAGACAGCCAGCCGAACAUGAGCCAGUAGUGUGCCCAGGUGGCCAAGAAGGUCAGCUUGUAUCAGAAAUAGUGCAGCUGGCAGGAGCAGAAAGGUUAUUAUCCCACUGUAUUCAGCUCUGGUGAGGCCACAACACAAGUGCUGUGUUCAGUUUUGGGCCUCUCAUGACAAGAAAGACAUUGAAGCCCUGGAGCACGUCCAGAGAAGGGCAACAAAGCAGUGAGGGGUUUGAAGCACAAGUCUGAUGGGAAGUGAAUGAGGUAACUGGGAUUGUUCAGUGGAGAAGAGGAGGCUCAGGGGAGACCUCCUCAUUCCUACAGUCACCUGACAGGAGGUUGUGGAGUGGUAGAUGUCGGCCUCUUCUCCCAGGUAACAACGAGAGGAUGAGAGCAAAUGGCCUCAAGCUGUGCCAGGGGAGGUUCAGGAAAAUUAGGAAUAUUAGGAUAUUAGGAAAAAUUCUUUCUUAGAAAGAGUGCUGAUGCAGUGGCACAGUCUGCACAGGGAGGUGGUGCAGUCACCAUUCCUGGAGGUGUUCAAGAACCGUGUGGAUGUGGCACUGAGGGAUGUGGCCAGUGGGCAUGGUGGGAAUGGACUGAUGGUUGGACUGGAUGAUCUGAGAGGUCCUUUCCAUCCUUAAUGACUCUAAGAUCCUAUGAGUUGACUUAAUAUAUCAAUGAGAUGGCUGCAGGCCUCACAGCAGACAUUCACAGCAGACAUCCCUACACAUGGGCAGGUAAUGACUUCCCAAUCUCCUCACCCAUGCCACUGAAGUGGGUUUGAUUCCCACAGCUGUGGAUAGAAUUAAAACUCUAGUAUUCGUCACCUCCUGCCCUGUGGUACAAAGGCAACUGCCACAUUAGGAAGGAUGACAGAGUAUCAUCUACAAAAUGUGAUGUUUUCAGGCUCACCAGCACCAGAAAGGCCUCAGAUAAGGAUUGUGCUUAGCUCAGCAAACAUGGGGACCAACUGAAAAGCAGCCAAAGCAGAGCAACCAUCAUGAUCAGAAGAGAGGAAACUGUGACCUGAAAAGAUGAAAGAACUGGGGUGGGUUAAGUGGGAGAACAUGUACUAACGACAGGUGUAUGUGUAACUAUGCAACAGAUGACCUGGAAGAGGAAAGCAGGAAAUGGUUUGUCACGCCUGAGUGGACAGAGAGAAAGCAAAUACACAUCCAUAGAUGUGGAAAUGUUUAGUAUCUCCCACUAUUUGCUUUCGUUUUUAAUCAGCAAUGAAUAUAAAAUAUUAAGUAUUGCCCUUUAGUAUUUAUUUUAUAAGAAUGGCCUUUGCUACACUUAGCUAAGGCCAUGAACAAGACUUCCAAGAUACCUAAAAACUUAUUUAAAACCUCAGCACAAUUUGCAAGACACAAACUUGCAGAAAUUAACUUACUACAAAAGACGCUGAAAUUUGUGCUGACUGUGUAAGUCUCACUUUUAAGUCCUGUUGCACUCUCCAGCUCAGGGCUUCUUUGUUGCAGAUGUGACAUGGAGAAUUUCUGCAGAAACCACAGGGGACUUGGAAACAAAACAAUAAGUGCAACCAGUAGGGUUAUGAGAUGACUGGUGCUACUUGUUUCCUUCAACAGAACUCCUAUGGGAGUUCUCAUUCUCAGCAUCUCUGUCUCAACAUCUUUUUGAUUACGUAAAUGUUGCACUAUAAAAUUGAGUUUUGCUACACCAGUGUCUGAAGUUCAUUUCUUAAAUACGAAUGGUUAUCACAGAAAGAAAAAGAAAUUACUAAAGCAGUGGCUAAGAAUUACAUGUCAUGAAUGGCAUGAGGGGAAUGGCAUGCAUCAUGGAUGGUUAACUGAGGGGACUACACUAUCUAGAAAUUACAUUGCAAAUAGUAAAAAUGUUCCACUAGAUCCAAACCACCCCAUCUCCACAUUCAAUACUGAGAAGCAUAGGAUUCUGCCAUGCAUACAUUUAAAACAAUAAGGAGGACAAAAAACCAGUAGAAUUGUCUGCAGCAAUAAAAUAUUUUAAGGACAGCCUACUCAGAAAUUUUAUUCCAAAAAAGCUGUAGCAAUUUUGUGAUUCUUGUAUGAUUCUUGAUGAAAUGCAGAAAAGGCCUACAAGUAUAUUCUUAAUUUGCUUUGUGCUGCUUAAUCAUUAGUUUGUUUUGGAAGGGCCCUGUUUGACUUCUUUGGGUCCCUCCUUUACAAGGAGCUCUUCUAUUAAGUGUAUUCUAAAUCUCCUAACUACUCAAGAAAAAAGACUUGAACAUUUUAAAUGGACGAGUUCCUUCCUGCUGAAGAUGAACAAGAGCUACAAAUGAUAUAAAUGACAGCUGCCUCCACUUGUGGCUGAAACCUGCCCAGGGUUACCCAACCUUUGCUGUCUGACUCGGGAUGUCUUACUCUGUCUGCAGCUGUCUAAACUCUGCAAAGGUGGACAGAAUGCACCCAAUGACAGCCUGAGCAAAAGUCAAUCCAGUAGAAAUAAGUUAAGCCACGGUCUUACAGUUAAAAAAACCCAAACCCCUAACUACAGUAAAGAAGCAGGUAAAUACAGGCAUUCAUCUCAGCAGCAUGAUGUCAAAAUAAAUCACACUACUCAUUGCCUCUUCCCGCUCAGCUUUGUCAUUAGUUGAAAGCAUUUUUCAGCCCCCUUUGUCCAGCAGAUGGAUGCAGCACACCCUUUUGAAGCUUUGGCAGGGAGGGGUGAAAUGGUGAAUUUCAUCAGGUGAAAUGUUGCAGGUGAGCCAUAAAUCCCUUCUAUGCUGGGAACCUGUUCUAGGAAUUGCCUUUAACUGCCAUAAAAUUUGCUUCUGAAAAAUGCUGGGCGAGGCCUGACUCUGCAGUCAUCACUGCAGCUUUUCAGAAAUUAGUUUCUGCAAAAGGCCCUGGCUUAAUAAAUUGCAG